AAUCCCAUUUUCACUAUUUACGGCCGUCGCUGUGUCAAAUUGAGUCGAUGAGGCCCUAGACCAAGGGCCAUGACACUGGAAAGUAUUUGCACAGCCUGGUGGCGAAUGCUUUGAUGGCCCGUUUGGCUUUGGCUGCUCCUUUCACGUUUACGUUCGCAACCUUUGACAUACUCAAAACUACUUUCCAUGAGCUUCCUCCCCCCCCCCCCUCCCCCUACGGAUGUCAAACGAAUAAAACAUGAGCUAGUGCCGCGAUGGAAUAAGGUAGAAAAUCCUUCGAGUUCUGCAAGAAGAUAAAAGAGACUUUUUUUUUUCUUCGUGAGCCCGGCAGCCAAGCGCACAACCGGGAAAGAGAAAGGAGAAUAUAAUCUGUCAUUUGCACCAUAUCCACGACGUUCCUCCUACUCACACACACACACACACAGCCAACUCUCGCAACGAGCGCACCGAGCAACGCCCACCCACUACAUCUCUCUCUCUUUCCAACCCUUCCAAAAGAAAAAUAACUCCAUCAUUCUUCUUCUACUUCUUCUUCUGUCCCAUUUUUUUGUUUUGUUAAAAUUUUAUUUCCUCCUAUCCAGUUCUCUGGAAACGCCCAUCAGCUCCAAAAAUAUAAUGAUGUUUGUAUUUUAGUUGGCACACAAUCAUCUCGAUGGAAAAUCGGAAACUCUAUUCAAAUGACAAUUCCGGCCUAUUUCCUUUCACAAAGUUUCACGUUUUCGAUCCUUCUUCCGUGAAAUUUUGGUUUAAUUUCCACAGCACGCAUGAACGCACCCCUCUCGAGUCUUGCGGCCUAGGGGGAGUAGAAGGUGUGGAUCAAGGGGUUUGUGUAGAGACCGAUCGCGUCCCACUCAGGAUAUCCGAUUCCUUCCGAUUCUCCCCCCACUUUUGGUACAACCAUCGAAGCCGAGAGCCAACACUCGAAGCAACUUGUCUUUUUUUAUUAUUAUUAUUAUUUUUAUUUUUUAUCGAACGUAUUUAUUUCUUUCCCCCUCAUUUUGUCUUCAGCGUUUCUCUUUAUAGUCGUCCACCCUCUCGCCAUCCAUUUUCUAUGUCCCCCGACUUCGCUUCUUGUUUUGCUUUGCAGGAGGAGGAAAGAAUAAGAGCGGCGAGACUUCUCGACACUACUCGAUUUGAUGAAUCGACGACAGUUUCCGUGACACUCGAAUCGAUAUUAUAUAUACGUAUACAAGUACGUGUAGCUAUAGAGGAACUAUACACAUCCGGGCGGCAGCUGCACUGUUUCUGUGUGUCGCCAUGGCGUCCGAGAUUCCUCUUAUUCUUCUCACAAACUUGUUAUUAGUUUCUGUUUUAUUGUGUGUAUAGGGUUAUGCAACAAAGAAAAGCUAAUCUCACGUAAUAACUCCAAUUCAAGUUGGUGCCCAUUACAUGGAAAUCUGUUGCGCAAUUUCGAAACGUCAUUUCAGAUUUGGACAAUUCAUUCCCACUUGAACGACACAAUGAAAAUGCACCAUUACAAACAGCAAAUGACAAGUCAAAAUAGAUCGGACAAAACGUCAGGGAAUUUCUCUGUGCGAUCGAAAAUGUGAUUGUUUUGACGGAGAAUAAGACAAAACCUCCGACGAAAUUGAAUUGCUGAAAUUGCGGAACGGAUAGGCUUCUGGAGUGAAAUGAGUGAAUUUCUUUGGAAACGAGUGGUUUAUUUCGUGGAAUUCAAUUUAUUUCGGGUUGAAGAGUUCCUUUCAAAAAUUCAUUUUCCCAGUAGACCUUUGGCCCGUCUCUCAAAUCCUUUCAGAGUGGGAUAAUAUUAAUUCCCGCCUUUGAAAAAAGAGGCUAGAAAAUGUCAAAAUCGAGUGGUAAUCUCGUUCAAGGGGGAUGAAAUAAAAUUCCAUGGAGCUGCGCAAAAGAUGGACGGCCGAGUGUCAUAAUAAGAAAACUCAUUUCCCUUUUGGUAGACGUAACGCCUAGCUGUGCAUUCUUGCAUGCAUAUUGAUCACUAGUUUUUGAAGCCCAUCGGUCGGCUACAUUACGAGACAACUCGAGGAAGGAGUAGAGAAUAAACGACUCACACCAAAUGCAGUAAAUCAACGCUAAGAAAAGUUUGGUGGUCACGAAUAGCCGAGCUCAGCCAUCAUCUAUGCUAAACCACAGGCGCAAAUGGCUCUGACGCCCUCGACGACGACGCCGCUCUACUCACCCCUACACCAACCAGGCGACGACCGCCGUGCCAUAUACUUUCCUUUAGUGUAACACCAACGCCAUAUAAAAAACCUACAGUCCGCAUACAUAUAAUAGAGCCAACCACCCGGAGAAUUUUCUGUCUCUCACCACCAGCAGCAGCAGCAGCAUGCACAUCGCUCCCAAACUUUCAACGUACAACAUGGACAGUUAGUUGUUCUGCUCUGCUCGCUGGUUAUUCCUCAUUCUCUCCUUCCAUAUUUAUAUGCCGGGACACGCAGUGACCGGCAGACAAAAGACGAGGGGUGGAAAAGAAAGGAAAUCAAAAACGACUUGCCAGAUAUAGAACACAAGGAAUCAUGAUGUGCGUGUCCAGACUUCCAAAUCGCUUAUCCAUUAGACAACUACUACUACGACGACGACGACGACUACUGCGACUGCUAUAUUAUACUAUAUGGGGCCUGCCACCUAUCUGGAUAUCUGGGUGGACGAGGCACCCCUGUAAUCACCUAAAUACGCAAGAGGUCCCUAUAUUACUCGUUGGUGUCAAUUCCUUUUAUCUGUUCCGGCUGCUGCUUCGGCUGUUGUGACCCUUUGCUUGGGCGGUCACGUAAUGCAACAACAGCAGCUGGCGAUGUGCCAAGGAGGGCCUCGAAACAAUUGAGAAACGAGUUCCCUGCCGUUUACACACGACUAUCACUUUUUUUGGUGUGCUUUGUUUUGUUUCUACAGACAAAAGAGAACAACGAUGACAGUGGCAUCUAAACAUUCUAAAGAGAAUUGCAAACUCGACGGAAGGGAAAAAAAAGGGGGAGAGAAUUCAGCCAACAGCAAAUGUCUCUCUGUGGGGUUGAUCAUCGUUUCCAUUGUCUGUUUUAUUGGUCGUGUAGAAUUUCCCUUUUCCGUCUUCCCCACUCCCAGAGGAGUAAAAGUUAUGGACUAAUCAAAUGAGCAAAGACAAAACCGCUAAUGAGAGUAAGGAGCGCACAGAAUUAUUACCAGCAGGACAUAAGAAAUUGCGCGUAUCUUUUGUAUAAGUCUUAGUAUCUGACAUGGAGGAGCGAGAGAGAGAUUCAACCGCGCUGAAAUCAUUGGGUGAUGAAUGUUGUGCGUUCAGUCAUGCGACUCUGACGGGCAGCAACGAUCGCCAGCCGCAGACUACAAGCGAAAUAACACGUCGUAGUAUAGUAGUUGGUUGCUGUUUGUGCACGACCAUUGUUUGUUUGGAAAGAUGACGGACAAAGCAAAGCUGCACAUGCAUCUCUGUCUCGGCGGUCGGGCGAGACAAACGGUCGCCGACUUGGCCGGGUUGUUCAACAUGGCAUUCAUCUCGGGAAUUGUACAUUAGACACUGUACUGGACAAUGCGUGGGCUACUAACAAAAUUAGUUUCUAGACUCUUUCAGCUUCACUUGUGGUGGACUAAUCAAUUAGACGUGAGUGACAUGAAAGCCUUGAGAACUAGGACGGAACCGAGGCAAUCAAAUGUGUAUCACGAACGCUGCAGCGCAGCCUCUGCAGUCGCGUGCAACGUCAAUGAGAAGAACCAGAGAGAGGGAGAAAAGAUCUUUGCGGGGCUACGGUCACACAUAUUGGUGCCGCGAUGUGGGGAGAAAGAUAAAAGAAAUGGGAAACACAAAAAAAAAAGACGCGUGAAGCCGGGAAUCGUAAGCAGACCAGCCGCUUGGAAUCAGCUGCACGCACGUUUACUCGGCUGAUGUAUAAACAACAUGCGAAAACAUCAGCUGCGCACACAUUGGCGACUGGGCUAAAGUUACACCAAACAAUUUUUCUUUAAGAAUUUUGCGUCUGUCAACGAAAGAAAACACAGCAUCUUUUUUUCUUUCUUUUGCCCGUCGUCGAAUUUAGACGCUCGUCGUGUAUAUCCUCGCCAUAACCAGAAAAUUUAAAGUCAGCCGAAUUGAUAAAAUAGACGCCAUUUUGAAUCGUUGAUCGAGUUGUCUGUUUUGUUGUUUUCUAUAAAGAUAUAGUAGAGAGAGAGAUGGGCCUAUGGGGGAUCAUGAGAAGAAAGUUAAAAGAAACUGCAGUAGUACCAGAGAGCAAAGGAAAUGACUUUGGUGAAUUUUGAACAAUUUCUAUGCUGGCACGGCAGUUUCUUCUUUUCCUUUUCUUUAUUCUUACCCACUGGAGACUUUGAUCCACCCGGGAGACAAUAGAGACAUUCUGCGGCCAAUAUACGGAAUGGGGAUCCGGAUCCAUAAUGCACUCUGUCAUUCAAUCGAAUAACCAGGGUAUUGCUGGGGCAUCUCAACUUCGUUUCUGUGACUUUGUCUCUCGGUUCUUUCUUCUAGUGGAAAACGAUAUCGUCAAUUUGUGGUUAUCAUCAGGUACACAGAUUUGAAAAGUCUCUUCUUUGUCUAUUCUCCUAUCUUUCUCCAUUUUAUUUUCGAAUUUCAAACUUUAAAAAAGAAAAAGAAAAAAUAAUCCAAUAGGGUGGAAAGACCCGUUGCAACUGUAACCACGUCAUCUAUGCACGACAAUCGGAAGCUUUUCUUUCUUUUAUGUAUCCAAGCAAAAGGAAAAGAACGAUUUCUUCUAUGUAGAUUUAAUCUACAGUUUAUCGUUUCCAGCUACACAUGCAUUUAGCUUCCAGCGGGGACCUUGUCAUUUAGCCCCCUUUUUUUUGUACGACCGAUAUAAAAUUGCAGGGCAUUAUCCGAAUUGAUAAACGAGCUAUAAUAAGUCUAGAAUCUUAGAGUGUUACAAGACUUACCCAAAGGGACCAACUGCUAUUUAACCUAUAGGCACACAAUUCAGUCCAGUCAAAGGGGGGACCAAUUUCGCAGUUGAAUUGAUGUGUCGUGUGGUCACUAUGGCAACGCCGAACGAUUGUUGAGUCGAACUAUCGAACAAUUCUCCCUCCAUACCGUUAUUUGGUUAUAGCAUAUUCCUACACCUCCUCUAUUCCUUCCUUUCUUCCAUAUUCCCCGGUUUGGUACUUAAACAAAAAAAGACUUUCUCGUCGGUGUACCACCGCACAGAGGAGUAGUUGCUGGCAGCAUACAAUACGUCAAGGGUUUUAUCAGUCGGGCUCGUAACGACGACUACAUCGAAUGAACGACGGUCGUCUCCGGUUCCUCCUUUGUGAUUCCGUGGUUCACCUUCAUUACCGAAAACCCAAAUUACCAGCAGACACACCAACUCUUACCAACUAACUUACUACUGUUACUAUGCGCCAGCGUGUUCUCAUCUGAUUAGUCACAGUUCCGCAGGGUGUGUGUGUGUGUCCAGGGCGUGGGGUGUGUCUUCUUCCAUUGUAACAAAAAACGCUUCGGAUUAAACUUCAUCCGGAAAUGAAAGAGUCACAACUCGACGGUGCCGCAACAGCGUCGUCGCCUUCGGCCGGUGGAGUGGCUGGCGUCGAGGCCAUUUUCUUGAGCUCAGCUGAUGCGGAAGAAGGAACCGGUGGAGAGAGCGCGUCGAUAACGCAGGAGCUAUGGAGGCAGAAACACGCCCAACAGGAAGAAGCUGCUGUCGGGAAAAAGAAGAAAAAAGUCCCCAAGAAAGACAAGCAGAAAUCAGACGAGCAGACGACAAAGGACGCUGGUGACAGCAAACAAGUCCCAGUAUCGAACAAACACGGAGCUGGACAACGGACACCAGUUGCGUCCGAAUCGACGUCGCCAGGGAAACGAUCCAAACGUCAACAACAGCCCGGAAGAGGAGAAGUGAGCGGGGAAGAUGGAUCAUCGCAUCCAAACGUCAACGGCCGAAGUUCGUUACGAAAAACUCGUUCCGUCACGGAUGUGGACGGCGAGCGCGAGAGCCAAGAUUCAUCGGCCGCGUCCUCGGCCGCGGGCCGUCGAGGAGGCCGCCGGAUGAGCAUCUCUGUCGCCAGCCCUUAUCAUCAAUAUUCAAUGGGGUCGUCGUCUAGAGACUCGUCCAGACGCAGCAGCGCGGCCAGUAUAGUCAUUUCCGUUUCUCGGCCGGACUCGCCGCUUCCGCACCUCAUCCAAAGGAUCGGAGAAGAAACUUUGUCCAUAGAAUUCCUGAGAAUCAGGAAAACGGCCAAAGCCAUUCAUUCGGCGUCAAAGUUCCGUCAUCCGCGCAUAAUCAUUCAGCCUCCCGAUGGAUCGACCAUCCACGCCAACAUGACGAGCGAAGAAACGGCCGCCAAUCUCAUCCGGAUGCACAAGGACAGGAGAAACUCGAUGCCGGCCAUUCCACGAUUGGAAUUGAAGGAGGAAAACGAAAAAGAGGAGCGCAAACAGCAAAGAAAGCAGAGCAAAGACGGUAGAGCAGCAAACAAGCGAUUGUCCGAUGGCGGACAGACUCGGCGAAGUCGACGUCGACGCUCCAGCACUGGUUCCAGUAUUCAGGGUUUCUACAUGCCGGCCAGCAGACCAUCGUCGGCCAUGGCGGGAGAAGCCGGAGCCACAACGAUAGACCCCAAUUCUCGCCCUUCUUCUGCCGCUACAAUAGUCCAGUUGGGUAAAUUAUCGAGACCCUGGACGCCGGCACGUUCGCCAUCCCCUGGCUCUACUGGAUCCGGAAACAAUCGACAAGGCGCUGGAAGCCGAAACUUUUUCCGCAGUCGGACGCCUACUUCAAUGGUAGCCCCGCUGCAGGCUCUCAACAACAAAGUCAACAACAUUUUGGGCUGUGCUUCAAACAUUCUUGACUUUUACCACACGAGACCGGACAUCAAGAAAGAGCCGGACCACGGCAGACAACACAGACUUCUCAAAUCAACGAAAAUGAACGAAGCAAACGAUUCGUCGAAAUCGGAAAGAGACGAAACGGCCCAAUCGCGACUUAUCAAAUUCCGCAAAAAAGCCGGCCAGGGAAAUCAAAUUGAUAAGUUGAAGGAGUUGAAAGGGAAACUGGUCAAACCAGCCCGGUCACCCCAACCCGUCGUUCCGGCAGCCGAAACCAUUAAAAAGUCUGUUCAGCCGGCCAAGCAAGAGAAACCGAAACAGCAGAAAGGCAGCCAGAAAGAGAAGACGGGCUCCAAAAUGGGGCCAGCAAAACAGCCGGCCAAACCGAGCGAUGAAUCCGGCAAAAAACCAGAGCAAAGCGUCAAAACAGACAAGUCAGAUAAUAAGGACGGGUCCAAACCAAACAGCAGCACUAAAUUACCAAAGUUAGCAAAGGAGACGGCAGCCGCAAACGCUUUCGGCAAUCUGUUAAUGAAGAAAGAACAAAAAACGACGUUUGGAAAUCUGUCGAUCCCGGCCGGUGGUUCAGCCCUUUCUGUCAGUUCAGCAGUUUCUUCUCAAUCGUCUGGGACCAAUUCGGGAAAAGAUCGAGAAAAAGGCAUCCCGCUACUGAAAUCAAUGAUGGCUAAACCCAAAGCGAAAACAGCCGUAGCGAUGGCAGCUGCUGCGGCUUUCACUCCUUCAGCAGCCAAGCCGCAAUCCUUUAUGGCCAAGAACCGAAUCAACAAAGUCCUGAAAAUGGCCAAAACGGCGGGACUGGUGGCCCGCCGCAAGCCGAUCAAUAACACCGGCGGCCACAAUCAAUCGACGCAGAACAAUCAGAGCAAUAAUCAAGGCCCCCCGACACUAGUCAACUUCUUCAAACGGAGCAACCGCACGACCAACGCCGACAGUCGCAUUCCAAUCAAGUACGAGACGUUCACAGACAAAGAUCGAGCAGCAGCCGUCCUCCUGGGGGACGCCGACAUCAAAACGACGCUGGAAAAACAACUGAAAAGUGAAAGAGGACGUUACGUGUUGCCAAAAGAGAGUCCGGCUCAAGUGUAUCUGGCCCAAGCGGAUUUUGAGAUGCGCAUCGGCGGACUGGCGACGGCCAAGAAUUUACUCAACAAGGCGCUGGAACUGCAGCCGGGAGACAAGAACGCCUUGUGUGCACGGUCCCGUUGUCGACUGCAGAUGGGAGACACUAAAGGAGCGCUGGACGAUGCCGAAGAAGCUCUGAAUAACGACAGUACCUAUGUUAGAGCCACCUAUCAAAAGGGCGAAGUUCUCUACCAAAUGGGACGAUUCGAAGAGGCCCUGGUCUUUUAUCACAUGGGCUGUAAACAACGACCGGACAUGGACCUGUUCCAUCAAGGUGUUCGCAAGGCUCAAGAAGCCAUCGAAAUUUCUUUAGGAGUCAAGCAGCCAACACUGCAGCAACAACAACAAUAUCGCACCACUACGAUCGCCAGUAAAAAGACUACGCCGUGGGGCAAAGGGUCCUCUUCGUCUCGGUUGCCUCCGCUCAACGGCAACCAGAACCAGCCAUUGAAUCAGUUCAGUCAACAACUGCAGCAGCGACUAUGGCAAGGAGGGCCGACCUCUCACCGCGAGUCUUCUCUACUCGGAGACCUUCACGUGGACAAGAUCUACCUGGAGAGGUUGUUGGAGAACCCAGGGUUGCACAAUCAGAGCGUGUCCAGUCAGAAAAUCAUCCAUCACGCCAAGGAGACUCUCGAAUACCUCAAGGGCAGAGAGAAUUUCUGGAAGCAGCAGCAGCCAUCGCACAUUGUCUAUACAAAAGAAAGGACCAGGACCAAAACGCACCGACGCCGAAUUCCAUCGUCUCGAACCAAUUUAACAUCGACCGAAGACUCGGGAACAGACCGAGAUCAUCAACAGUCUGAAGGAGCCAACAGCAGCGGCAGCGGCAGUGGCAGCGGGACUGGGAGCGGCAGUGGAAAUGGGAGCGGCAGUAACAGCAGUCGAGUAGAUGACUCGCUGUCGUCAUCGGAGGCAUUAACUGAGCGAGAAGAAAACGAAACGGUUAUCGCCCGUUGCUCAUCCGAGGAAGUGUCGCGCAUUUUGGCCUCUGCCGUCGAAGAAGACGAGAACGAAAGGGACGGCGGUCGUAGCGGCGUCGACGACGAGGAUGUGGCCGAAUGGCGUCAAGUGAUCCAAGACAUGACCGAGAGCAUCGAGAAAGAGCAACUUGACCGUUGCACCCACGUCUUUCUGGCCAAAUGUUGCGGCUGGGCGGCGGAAGAUGAGGAAUUGACGGGCGAGAUUGAAGCCAAAAUGAGUUUGAUGCGAUUGCACGAAGAGCAGCAAAAUCAAUGCGGCGACGAAGGCAACACCAACGAAAAAAUGCAUCUAGCCAUCGAGAUUGCCGUCCUCUAUUUGGCCAACGGGCAACAGGAGCUGUCCAAAAGUUCAGCUCAACAGGGUUUGGCGCUGGCCGAAUUGACGGGCGAUGUCGGCGCUCUCCUGCAACUUUGGCUACUCUUGACGGCGGUGGAAGCGUCGACCGGAAAUUCCAUCGGCGUCAAAACCUGUUUGGCCAACGCUAGGCGGAUUUUUAAUGGAGAAAGUCUAAGCAGCAACCAAACUCUGUUGGCAGAAGAUGAACCUGCCAAUCCCGGAGAGGUCAUCAACCUCGAACAAGAGGAAGAAGAUGAGGAAGAAGGCGACGACCAAGAUGAGGAAGAAGAAAAAGAAGAAGAAGAAGAAGGCUUGCUCUUAGAUUGAGUGGGCCAUUCAAAAAUUGGCGCAGCAAAAAUCCAAGAGACACACAAAGGACUAGUGUGGGAACGCCUCGAGGUAUUAAAAAAACGGUCAAUGAAAUUCAGUCGGUUCUUUUGUUUAAAAAGACAAGGCACCCCACCCAUCAUGCAAAGAAGGUAAUUAGAAAUCGAUUCAUCAUUCCAAAGUAUUUGAAUGCUCUUCGCCGAAGCGAGUCAAUGAAGCCAUCAGUGAACAUCGUUCCACAUUUUCUCACAAUCAAAUAAAAACACGUUUAUCACUCGCAAUCGGUUGCCCUCACAUCCUCCACACGAUCGUGCAACGGCUCUUCUCUUUCCUAAAAAUACAUUUUUCCUAUAACUAAAUCUUUUGGUGAUCAUCAUGUUCCUAUUUCCCAACUCUCUUUUCUUAUUUAUUGAAUGGAAAGUCUUAACAAAAAUCCUUUUUGCUCGCACAAUAAACACCUGAACUUCA